AUGCCUGUGUUAAAAAGUCUUUUUCGCAGAAACUAUGCAGAAGAUAAUCUUCGAAUUAUAAUAACUCGUCAUGGUGAACGUGCUGAUAUAGCAUUAGGACCACAUUGGUUCAGAAAUUUACGAAAAACUGGUGGUCGUUAUUCUGGAGUAUCAUAUUUAGUACCUCGACCAGAUGAUAGUGAAUGGGAAAAUGAUCCACCAUUAACGAUUCGUGGUGAACAUCAGAGUAGAUCUACUGGUCGUAAAUUACUUCAACUUGGAUAUCCAAUUGAUUAUUGUUAUUCAUCACCUGCUUAUCGAUCAGUACAAACAGCGUCUAAAAUUCUUGAGAGUCAAGGACGAAAAGCUGUGCCAAUUAAUAUUGAACCUGGUCUCUUUGAAUGUUCAUCGUGGCAUCGGAAUGCACCACUUUCAUUUAUACCACCUGAAUAUUUAGCAGCGGAUAAACAUUUUAAUAUAGAUCCGUAUUAUACACCAGUGUAUAAUACUAUUGAUGCAGUUGAAGAUGAGGGCAGUUAUUAUCAACGUUCACGUCUUCUUAUUGAUGCAAUUGUUAAAGCACAUAAACACCAAGGUGGUACUAUUUUAUUAUCUGGACAUGCUGGUUCAAUUGAAGUAAUAACACGUGGUAUGCUUGGUCGUAGUGCACGACCUGAACGUCUUCAUUUUGAAGCUGAUAAGGUUGAUUUUUGUAAUUUUGCUAUUCUUGAACGUGAUGCAAAUACAAAUCAAUGGCUUAUUCAUCCACCAUAUUCAAACGAAAGUUAUUAUAGUGGACAUGAAAACAUUCCAAGUACAAUACCGCUUCAUAGAGCUACUUCACAAUAUAUAGGAGCAAAUCCAUUAAGAGGAUCAUCAUCCUAUUCAGAAUUUUAUCCAUUGAGAAACAAAUUGUAUCGUUAUUAUUAA